GUUCUGAACCUUGAUUAUUAUUUUCAGACUGUAAAGGUUGAGGAGUGAACAGAUUUAAUUCAAAAGCACUCACAGAUUGCAUCAACUGCUGUUGUGGUCUACUAUCAUCCUUACCGUCAAACCUUUUAGACAUACUAGCUAAAGGAGGUUUCGGUAUAUUUGAUAACGGAUUUGAUUCAUUUGCAGAUAGUAAAGGAGCAUCAGCAAUGUAUUUAGCUGCCGUACCUCUAUUAGCAAUUUUAGGUGGAGACCUCUUAACUAUAACGCUUGUUGAACGUGGAAUCAUUUCAUUAUCAUCAUGAUAUUCUUAAAAACGUUGAGAUAGAAUAAAGAGGUGGCUAUCAACGAACCUUCUUGUCCGGGUGUAUCCCUUAAUAAAACCAGAUCAAAAUCGUUUCCUUUAUUUAUUGCCAUACGAUUAGAUAGUAGAAUUUCUCUCUUUAAAUCGAAGACAGAUAAAGAAGUACCAUCAAUGUUAACUCUCGAUGAGUUCUUUGAAGAUUUAAAUUUAUAAUAAAUUGAACCCAUCUUGACGUUAGAAGAUCAAGAAGGAACUCUUUUGAGAAUUAACGACGAUGAAGCAAUUCAAUGUUUUAUUAAUAUUAUUAAUUUUAAUAGAGUUCACUCAAUGUUUACACUUUUAUAUGGAAAGUAAUGACCGUAGAUGCUUUUUAGAGGAAGUGCCAGCUGAUACCUUAGUUAGUGGUAAAUAUAAAGCAGAAGAGUAUGAUCAAGAUAAGAGGGAAUGGGUUACUGCUAAUAGCCUUGGUGUUCUGAUUCAAGUUGAAGAAACAGAGGAGAAACAUCCUGUUGUCAAUAGUAAAGGACCUUCAAUUGGAUCAUUCACUUUUACUAGUCAUUUAGCCGGUGAUCAUACUGUUUGUUUAUCCACCAAUAGUUCAAACGUUAGUUGGUAUAAAGGCAAACCAACUUUAAGGAUUCACUUAGAUAUAGCGAUAGGUGCCGUUAAGCAUGACGAAUCAGCAGAUUUAAAUCAUUUACAGACAUUAACAAAUAGGGUUAGAGAUUUGAAUGCAAAGUUAAACGAUGUACGUAAAGAGCAAGAAUUUCAAAGGGAAAGGGAGGUAGAAUUCAGAGACAUAAGCGAUUCAACAAAUAAAAGAACAAUAACAUGGUCAAUUAUACAAAUGAUUGUAGUAGCGGCUGCCUGUUAUUGGCAGUCAAGUCAUUUGAGAAACUUUUUCAAUGAAAAGAAGUUAAGAUAAGAAAUGUAUAAUAAAUAAAUAAGUUAAACUUUCUUUUUACCAAUAAUUUGAUCUUUAGAUUUCUUGUUUGAUGAAGAUUUUGACUUCUUUUGAGCUGGUUGAGGUGACUCAGUUGAUUGUUUAAGUGAAUCAUUAAUGUAAAUAGGUAAAGAAUCUGAUGAUGAUAAUUUAAUGUUAAUAGAUUUGAUGUUUUCCAAAGAAUCUAUGUUUUCUAUAAAGUAGUUGAUGCAAGAGUUCAAAUUUUCUAAUUGUUGUUCAUGAGACUGUUCGGUUGUGCUAAAUUUAAUAGACUGACAAACACCUUUUGAUGGAGUGAAAUGUAAACUAUUUAUUCUAGAUUCUAAAUGAGAUUUUAAGUUUUUAGAUUCCAAAUCAACAGGAAUUGGUUUAUUUGAGUUGUUGAAAGCGUGUUUACCAAUGAAUCUAGGUAAUAAGUGUAAAACUCUUUGGUCAACUAAUAAUUUAUGUUGACUGAAUAGAUUCCUUUGAGAUUCGAAUGAUUUAAAUUCGCCUUUUAAUUGCUUUAAAUCAACGACUUCAGAUAUGAACUUGAUUUUGUUACUAUCGAGUAAAUCAACUGAAGUCUUUUUAGGAUCUUUAACGAUAAGUAAUAAGUCAUCACUUCUUGGGUCGAUUAAAGAGUUUUUUAUUGGAAUACUAACUGGUUUGUUAUUAGAAUGAGAUUUCAUCUUAUUUAAAGUGACUAUUAAAUAUAAGUUAUCAACAUUAUCAAUUAAAUUUUUAUCAUUAUUUAUGAAAUUAUUUAAAGUUUUUAUUGAUUUUUGAAUUAAUUCUUGAUUCAUUUGGUAGUUGAAGUUUGAGAAGUUUGAUCUUUAUGCUUUUUUAUAAAUUCUAUUAAGUUAAAAUUUGUUUCUAUCGAAUUAUCAUUCUUAAAUAAAUCCAUUAAUUGAUUGUCAUUAUCGUUAAGGUCAUUGUUAUUACUAUAAUUCUUCUUAUCUGAUAAAUUAUUAUUCAGAAUAUUUGAUAAUCUGGAUGAUUGUAUAUCAUUGUUUAACAAUAAACUAUUGUUUAAUAAUAAUAUUUCACUUUCUAACCUUGUGUCAUUGAUGUCUUUACUUAAAUAACUAAUCGAAGGUGACAACUUUAUAUGUUUAUUAUUGUAAUUUAUUAUUAAAUCAUUAUUAUUAAAGUCUAAUUCAAAGCCUUCAAGUAUAUUUAAUAGAAUUUCAUCAUAAUAAUGCUUAUUUAUAUAAUUUAUAAUAUAAUUAAACUUUAUAUUAUUAUGAUUGAUAAUUAGCUUUUUAUCAUUUUUAGUUAAAAUUAAUUUAUUGUUCUUGUUAAUUAUCUCCAUUUCUCACUCUUAGACUCUUUCACUCUCUCUCUUCCAACCAAAUGGACGACAGAGAACAAAAUAAUCAAUUAUCUACAACGCCAAUUUCAAUAAAAUCUUUAUCAAAUAAUAAUUUAUUAUCAACGCCUCCAACACCGUCUUCAGCUAAUAAUUCAUU